AUGGAGACAACUGUCACACCCUGGAGACAACUGUCACACCCUGGGGCACCCGUCACACCUGGAGUCACCUGUCACCCUGGAGACAACUGUCACACCCUGGAGACACCCGUCACACCCUGGAGUCACCUGUCACACCCUGGAGACACCUGUCACACCCUGGAGACAACUGUCACACCCUGGAGACACCCGUCACACCUGGAGACAACUGUCACCCUGGAGACACCCGUCACACCCUGGAGUCACCUGUCACACCCUGGAGACACCCGUCACACCCUGGAGACACCUGUCACACCAUGGAACUGUCACACCCUGGAGUCACCUGUCACACCCUGGAACUGUCACACCCUGGAGACACCGUCACACCCUGGGUCACCUGUCACACCCUGGAACCCCGUCACACCCUGGAGUCACCGUCACACCCUGGAGACACCGUCACACCCUGGAGACACCUGUCACCCUGGAGACAACUGUCACACCCUGGAGACACCGUCACCUGGAGUCACCUGUCACACCCUGGAGACACCCGUCACCCCUGGAGUCACCGUCACACCUGGAGACACCGUCACACCUGGGAGACACCGUCACACCCUGGAGUCACCUGUCACCCUGGAGACCGUCACACCCUGGAGACACCUGUCACACCAUGGAGACAACUGUCACACCCUGGAGUCACCUGUCACACCCUGGAACAACUGUCACACCCUGGAGACACCCGUCACACCCUGGAGUCACCUGUCACACCCUGGAACACCCGUCACACCCUGGAGUCACCUGUCACACCUGGAGACACCGUCACACCCUGGAGUCACCCGUCACCCUGGAGACACCGUGCACCUGGAGACACCCGUCACACCCCUGGAGACACCCGUCACACCCUGGAGACACCCGUCACACCCUGGAGUCACCCGUCACACCCUGGAGACACCGUCACCUGGAGUCACCCGUCACACCCUGGAGACACCGUCCACCUGGAGUCACCGUCACCCUGGAACACCCGUCACACCCUGGAGUCACCCGUCACCCUGGAGACACCCGUCACACCCUGGAGUCACCCGUCACCUGGAGACACCUUCCUCUCGUGACAUCUUCAGUCCUCUCAUGCAUCUUCACCCCCUCUCAUCUUCAGCCUCUCGUGACAUCUUCAGCCCCUCUCGUGACAUCUUCAGCCCUCUCCCUUUACUAGGAAGCCCUCUCGUGACAUCUUCAGCCUCUCGUGACAUCUUCAGCCCUCUCGUGACAUCUCCAGCCUUUACUAGGAAGCCCUCUCGUGACAUCUUCAGCCCUCUCUCCUCUCUGACAUCUUCAGCCUCUCGUGACAUCUCAGCCUUUACUGAAGCCUCUCGUGACAUCUUAGCCUCUCGUGACAUCUUCAGCCUCGUGACAUCUCCAGCCUUUACUAGGAAGCCUCGUGACAUCUUCCUCUCGUGA